GACGUCAGGAGAAGAAUCUCAACCAUCUGUCAUCAGGCUAACUGAUCAUAUCCUGAUCCUGAAGCAGAGACGUUAAACUCGAGAGUAAAAGAAGGGAUACAAAUAAGCAACGGUUACAGACUGUAUUGAAAGGUGUACCGAGUUACAAAGAGUAUUCCGCUCUUGAGUUUGUAGCUCCCUCAAGGAGAAGCAUGGGGUCUAUGGUAGAGCAAAAAAAAAAAACCUUUCAAUCUAGCAGCUCAAGAAACUGUCUUGCAUUCCUAACCAGCUGGAUUCUGUGACUUAUGCACUUUUUCACAGGUGUUAGGCAGCCUACAGCCCUUUACACACCUACAUUUCCAAAGUAGAAGAAGAUUGUCUUGUGAAGCUUGCUGCAAUGCCCUUGAUAUUGGUUAGAGCCCAAACAGCUGUUCGUAUGGGAACUGAACCCCAAGACAAAUCAAAUAAAGCCCUACUGACAAAAAAAGUUGUAUGUAACAGAGAUCUGACCAAAAUAAAAGACAGAUCUCAAAACAAAUGAUAAAACAAUAACUGUGUUGCAGUCUGCAUUGCGGCUGUGCUGGAUCUGCUGUGAAAGAGAAAAAAAACAAAGUGUAUUUUUUAUUGAACUUGAAGUUGUUAUGCUAAAAAUACAUUGGCAUAAAACAAGAACAUGAAACAUAUUUAGAUUUGGACUUUUGAAAAGCAAUAACAUAGGUACCAUAGUUGAACACCUAUACUAUUCCCCCAAGAAAUAACUUAAAAUUAAUUUAAUUGGGAGGCAUUAAAAUUUUGUGAAUUGCUUUAGGGUUCAAGUUUUGAUGAUGGACCAAAUCAACCAGUCUGCAGAUAUCUCCCUCCAGAUGUUAUCUGGAAACAGCUCACAGAACUUCAGCGACAUGGUUAGCACCUGGGACGAGAACUGCAUCCUGGGGCUGCAGAUCUCUUUCUACAUUAUCUUGGGGAUCAUCACCCUGGCCACGGUCCUGUCCAACAUCUUUGUGAUUAUCACCAUCUUCCUGACUCGUAAACUCCACACUCCGGCUAAUUUCCUCAUAGGCUCCCUGGCAGUGACUGAUCUCCUGGUGUCCAUCUUGGUGAUGCCAAUCAGCAUUGCCUACACUGUGAGCAAGACCUGGUCAUUCGGACAGAUCAUGUGCGACAUCUGGCUGUCAUCUGACAUCACCUGCUGCACAGCCUCCAUCCUGCACCUUUGUGUCAUUGCUCUUGACCGGUACUGGGCUAUCACGGAUGCCCUUGAGUACUCUAAGAAAAGGACCACCUGUAGAGCGGGGGUCAUGAUCGCUAUCGUCUGGGUGAUCUCCAUCUGCAUUUCCAUACCUCCCCUUUUCUGGCGGCAGGCCAAAGCUCACGAGGAGCUGGCGGACUGCAACGUCAACACCGACCACAUCUUCUACACCAUUUACUCCACAUUUGGGGCCUUCUACAUCCCCACUGUGCUGCUGAUAAUUCUCUACAGCAGGAUAUAUGUAGCUGCCAGAUCAAGGAUCUUCAGGCCCCCGUCUUCUUGCGGGAAGCGCUUUACCACCGCCCAGCUAAUAGGCGGAUCUGACGGGUCUUCGCUCUGCUCCAUUAACUCAAACUCUAACCAAGAUGGCCAGCUACAUCCUGGAGGUUCUCCAAUUUUAAUAAACCACGUCAAGGUCAAGCUGGCAGAUAGUGUGCUGGAGCGGAAGAGGAUCUGUGCGGCUAGAGAAAGGAAAGCCACCAAGACCCUCGGGAUCAUCCUGGGAGCAUUCAUCUUUUGCUGGCUGCCCUUCUUCGUGGUGACCUUGGUAAUACCUAUCUGCCAGGAGGCCUGUUGGUUCCAUCCAGUGCUCUUCGAUUUCUUCACCUGGCUAGGAUACCUGAACUCCCUCAUCAACCCAGUGAUCUACACAGCUUUCAACGACGAGUUCAAGCAAGCUUUCCAGAAGCUCAUACGAUUUAAGCUGUGCUAUUAAGUCUCUCUGAACAGCAUUACUGUUUUUUUUCCAUUCUCAAUUUCAUCAGGUAUAGCAACCUGUAAAGCUUAACUACUAGUACUAUAUUGUGAUUAAAAUAUUUUUUUGGGUCAUUGUACAUUUUAGUACACCGAAUCAAAAUGGCUCCUCUUGUGAAGAUCAGAACCUCAAAGCUAUUUCCUGCCAUAAGUGUUUGCUUGUUAACAGUGUACAUCUAGCAAAACAUCUUGAGUAUGAACUGAUAAGACUUUAUAAGAACCAUAAUCAAUCACUGCCUUAAAAGUUUAUUUUUUGAUGACAAAAAUGAAAGGGGGGCUUCUGUAGGGCAAACCAAGAACAUUCAUCAAAAAGCCAUUUUGUGGUGGUUCUUAGUCAAGGUUGUUAGGUUAUAUGUAGUUUUUGUCAGAGGUUCUGUUGAACAUAUCUGUUCCUUUUUUUAACCUGUCCAUGUGCAUCAAAUCACAUGUAACUGUGCAUCAAACAGUUAACCAUUGGUAUUACUGUACAUGUGGAUCUCCACAGGCCAA